AUGACUACACUUCAACAUAUCUUUGCCUAUCACAAUUUCUUGGAUUCUUUGCAUUUAACCAUCUUGUUUGGAAAUACACCAACGAAUCCCAAAGAAAUUUAUUUUUUAGAUUUCCUUAAUGUGUGUGCAGAUUCGAUGUUAGAGCUAAAUGCACAACAGCACGAAGAUUUUAGUGAAAGAAAAUUGCUUAGGUCUUUAUUGGGGAAUUUAAAUGAGCAAGAACCUUUACAUAAUACUCGAUUACAUUUGCUUAUUAAAACAUCCAGAAAAAAUUCUCCGCCUGAAUUAAUUCCUAAACAACUGUUAAAACUUAAAUUUGCUAAAACCAAUACAUUAUUUCUGAUUUGUGAAGGCUUGGUAAAGAAUCUAUUUAGUCAAGAUGACGAUGUUAACACCAGACAUGAAUCCUCUGAUGAUGAUUUGAUUUGGUAUCAUUUUAAAACGACACUGAAUGGGUUUGCAGCUAUUUGA